AUGAAUUACCAUGUUGAACAUGCUUCUCUUCCUAUCGAGCGAUCAAACGAAAAGGAUGCAUCGACCAUCAUAGGUGAUGAUCCUAACCACCCAGUCAACUGGCCCCGGUAUAAGAGAAAUAUCAACCUGGGUCUAAUCUCAUUCCAUGCCCUUAUGACCAAUUUCGUUGGCGCUGGAAUCAUUCCCGUCUAUGCUACCCUCGCCGACAAGUUCGGUAUCGAGAUUCAGGAUGUUAGCUACUUGACCUCGAUUCAUAUUCUGUGUACCGGUCUUACACCCUUCUUUCUAGUCCCCCUUUCCACCAGAUUUGGUCGCCGGCCUGUAUGGCUUAUCUCCACGCUGUUCACGGCGGUCUGUAAUGUUGGGUGCGCAGAGAGCCAAAGUUAUGCACCCAUGUUGGUCUGCCGUAUCCUAGGUUCUCUCAUGUUGGGUGCUCCCAUCGCUCUUGGACCUCCCGUUGUGAUGGAAUCGUUUGCAGAGCACGAACGUGGUCUCGCUUUGGGAACCUGGUCUGCUUUUGUCACACUUGGCCCUUUGACCGGUCCAUUUGUCAUGGGAUUCGUUGCGGAGCGACUUGGAUGGCAGUGGAUCUAUUGGAUCUUCACCCUCAUCAGCGGCGCACAAUUUGUGUUAUACUUUUUAUUCAGCCCCGAGACGAGAUAUAUUCAGCAAGAGAAAUCAACCAGCAAGUCUGGCUUCAUGAAGUUGAUCACAUUCUCGCGAAUUGAUCCCACUCCUUUCACCAUCUCUGAAGUCAUCCGGCCCUUCUCAAUGGGGAAGCAAAUGACCGUGCUGCUGCCUGUGCUUUCACACAGUAUGAUCUUCUGUCUCUCGGCUGCAAUGCUGACAGUGGAGAUCCCUCAGCUGUUCGCCACACGCUUUGAGCUUGGCCCGGAGCAAACAGGUAUCCAAUUCCUUGGUAUCAUCGUCGGCACCAUCCUUGGUGAAUUGUUCAACGCUGUGGUUCUCAGCCUGAUGAACAGGCGAACAUUCGAAAAGCAAAGGCACGCUGUGAAUCCGAAGAAUUACCUCGUUGCAAGUUAUUUGGGCUUCGUCUCCAUGAUUGUUGGGUUGGUUGUCUUCUGUGUUCUAUUGGGCAACACACUGCCUAUGCACUACAAGGUGUCCCCGAUCAUUGGCAUUGGUGUUGCAGGAUUCGGAAACCAAUUAGUGUCCAACUUUUUGAUUAACUAUAUCAUGCACAUUCAUUCGGAUAACGCUGCUACUGCGUCGAUCUUCUUGGGCUUCAUUCGCCAGACAUGGUGCUUCAUCGGGCCUUUCUGGUUCCCUACCAUGUUUGAAACCGUGGGUAUUACAAACUGUGCUGGGCUUCUGUCCGCGCUGGUGGUCAUAAGUGUCCUGCCUGUUGUUUGGUUGCACUGGAGGUCACGAAGCUAG